UAUUAAUUAUGUAUUUUAUGUGAUUUAUUUUAUUUUAUUGAGUCUGUGGGUUCGGCAAUCAGGCGCAUUGGUGGUUAUUGUACUGCCACGUCGAUAGGCGGCACUGCUGCACAUAAUAGCUGGUUUCAUGACCGCCAUUAUUUCAAAAGAAGAGCGAAAUCAUGUUUACACGGGUACGUUUGUAGUUGCUUAAUAACCACGUGUUACUAUUUUAUCGCGCACAAAACACCUACCCAACGUGUAUGUGUGAAAUGGAGAACGGUGACGAGGACGUGGAAGAGGAUGGAAGCGAGUGGAUGAGCAGUUUUACGGAUUUAGCAGCAUCAUUUAGCCUAGCUGCUUCUGGUCCAAGCCUUAAUACGACGUCACCAGUACUUACCAAAAGAGUCAUUCUGCAUUUUGAUCUGGACUGCUUCUAUGCCCAGGUGGAAAUGAUUAGAAACCCAGCACUGAGGAAUGUUCCAUUAGGUAUUCAGCAAAAGAACAUCAUGGUCACCUGUAACUAUGUAGCAAGGGAACAGGGCAUCACCAAGCUGAUGUCCCUGUCCGAUGCUAAGGAGAAAUGUCCUCAGCUGGUGCUGGUUAAUGGAGAAGAUCUGACACCCUACAGGGAAAUGUCCUACAAAGUAACAGAGUUGCUGAUGUCCUACUGUCCUUUGGUGGAGAGGCUUGGAUUUGAUGAGAACUUCAUGGAUGUCACUGAGAUGGUGGAGAAAAGGCUCGCACAGGAACCACAUUUAAGUAGCUGUUCAUUCAAAGGACACGUCUACAACCAUUCCAGUGCGGGCAUAACAGCCAAAGAUCAUCCAAGGUUAUCUUUAGGUUCCCACAUCGCAGAAGAGCUAAGAGAAAAAAUCUACAGCGAACUGGGCCUGACUGGUUGUGCUGGCAUUGCCUCAAAUAAGUUACUGGCAAAACUGGUUUCAGGCACCUUCAAACCCAAUCAGCAAACCAGCUUGCUCCCAGAGAAUGUCAGUGAUCUUAUGUGCAGUCUGAGCAGUCUCCGCCAAGUACCAGGUGUGGGACACCAGACUGCAAAAAGGCUUCAAGCUCUUGGUUUGGUCAGUGUGAAGGAGCUGCACGUCUUCCCGAUUGCUGACUUGGUGAGAGAGUUUGGAGGCCCCAGUGCGCAUCGUUUGAAGAAUCUGGCUCUUGGUAUUGAUGAGUCAGUCAUCACCCCAACAGGGGCACCUCAGUCUCUCAGUGAUGAAGACUCCUUCAAAAAAAUAUCAUCAACCAAAGAUGUUUUGGAAAAAAUUCAAGAACUUCUGAGCAGUCUCCUGGAGAGGAUGCACAAAGAUGGCAGACAGCCUCAAACCUUCCGGCUAACCAUUCGAAGAUACUCGGCAACCAACAAGUGGUUUAGUCGUGAGAGCCGGCAGUGUCCAAUUCCAAAUCACACUGGACAGAAGAUCACAUCUGGACAUAUUGUUGAUGCUGUUGUCCAGCUGCUUCCUUUGGCCAUGAAGCUCUUCCAUAAGAUGAUUGACAGCAGUGCAUCCUUCCACCUCACUCUCAUCAAUGUGUGCUUCACCAACCUGCAGACCAAGGAACUCCCUGUCAGUGGAAAGGGCUCAAUUACAGCUUUUUUCACGAAGGACACAUCUCUCAGAAAAUCACAAAAUGUCUCUCAAAAUCAGGAAGGCUCCUCUCAAAGUGCGGAGAGUCAUUGCACAGAUCAUCGAUUCAGCACAGACUGCACGAUUACUUCACCAAAGACAGACACUGAAGCAGAUGCCAGCUGUAAGGCAGCAUUACAUGGAUUCAUAACCACACAGAGCUCAGUUGUUUGUGCAGGGUCACCCCAGCUUCCCAAUGCAUCAUGUAGUACAGCGAGUUCAGACUGUGCUGAAGCCCAAAAUACUCUAAAAAAGACAUUGCCCCCAUAUGUUGACCCAGAAGUGUUCAGGCUCCUUCCAGAGGAAAUCCAGAAGGAAUUGUUAAGUGCUGGCUGUGCACACACCUUCCCUACCACUCUCAGGCAGACCUCCAGCCCAUGUGCACCAACUGCAGUCUGUGAUACCUCCAGUUUAUCAAGAAGGACGUCUCUGCAGCACCCCACACCAUUCACGCACACUUCACCAUCUUCUGCCAACUCCCAAAAUCCUAAAGACAGAAAAGCUGAUGCCAAAAAAUCUGAUUUGUCUGACAGAGCGACGGCUGUGAAUAAAGAGUGGCCUCCAGGCCCAAGUGGUUUUUCUGGAGAAAUGACCAUGAAUGAGCAGGCUCUGUCAUACCCCUCGUCUUGUGACUGUGAGUUCCCAGUAGAUGUGGACCCUAAGGUGUUUUGUGAGCUUCCACCAGAUGUCCAAAGGGAGUUGAUGUCUGAAUGGAAGCAACACAAGCCCGUCUUAAAGAGCGCCCCAUUUAAGAAACCAUGGAGGAGCUUACAGAUCAGAGACAAGAAGACCGCUAGCAAAAACAGUCAGGCUAACAGUUUGCUGAAGUAUUUCAAGCCCGGUUAAUUAAAAAAUGAUUUUUUGUGAGUGAAGAUAAUUUGAGGUAGGUCAAAUUAGAUGUGUACAUUCAAGACUGAUGGAGAAAAAUUAAAUUCUGCAUGCACAAGGUUUUUUUUAUUAAACAUUUUUAAAGUUUUGCAUUGUUGAUGUCUGUUUUAGGAAUCUGUCAGCAUAAAACUGUGCUGUA